GGUUAAAGCAGGGCAGGGGUGAUGGGGUGCGGGCAGUAGCAGCAGCGAGCGGAGCGGAGCGGGAGCGGACUGAGCUAGCGCAGCGCAGAGCCAUGUCACCAAGCAACACUCUCCUCACCGGGCUCCUCCUGGUCGCCACCACUACAGCUGCCCUUCAGGUUGAUAUCAUGCCACCUCAAGGUGAAGUCAGUGUGGGAGAGUCCAAGUUUUUCCUGUGUACUGUGACCGGGGAUGCCAGCAUCAUUUCCUGGUACCUGCCAAACGGGGACAAGAUAGACCCGAAUCAGCAGCGGAUCGUCGUGGCCAAAGUAAGCGACAUAUCUUCCAGCCUCACCCUGUACAGCGCCAACGUGGAUGACGCCGGGAUUUACAAAUGCGUGGCCACCUCGAAGGACGGAAAUGAAUCCGAGGCCACUGUUAACGUCAAGAUCUAUCAAAAGCUGGAGUUCAGGAACGCUCCGUCUCCGCAGGAGUUCAAGGUGGGCGUGGACGCCGUGGUCAUUUGCGACUCGGUCAGCUCGCCCCCACCCACCAUCACCUGGAAACACCGGGGCAGGGACGUGCUCUUGAGGAAAGACGCGCGUUUCACGAUGUUGCCGAACAAGUACUUGCAAAUCCACCACAUUAAGAAGACGGAUGAAGGCACUUACCGGUGUGAGGGCAGAAUCGCCGCCCGCGGAGAAAUCAAAUUCAAGGAUAUUCGGGUCAUUGUUAACGUUCCGCCCAGCAUCCGCGCCCCGGAAAUGGUGGUGAACGCAACGGCUCACAGCGGCAGACCCGUCACCUUGACCUGUCAGGCAGACGGGUUCCCACAGCCACAGAUAACCUGGCAACGAGAGGAUAUCAUCAUUGAAGCAGAUGCCGACAAGUACUCUCUGAUUGAGGAUGGGUCUGAGCUGAUGAUUCACAAAGUGGGGAAACAGGACGAUGGGGAAUAUAUCUGCAUGGCUCAGAAUAAGGCCGGAGUGUACGAGCUGGAGAUUACUCUACGAGUUUUCGUUAGGCCUGAAAUCACCUACGUGGAGAAUAAGACAGUGGUGGAGCAGGAGGAUCACAUCACACUCACCUGUGAGGCCAAAGGUGACCCCACCCCCACCAUCACCUGGAUGAAAGGCAGCCACACCUACCGGGAUGGUGAACAGGAUUCAUGGACUCGGCCGAUGAAACUAAAGACCAUGGACGGGAGAAUCGAGGUGCACGGCUACGCAAGAGUUUCUUCACUGACGCUCAAGAACAUACAACACACCGACUCGGGGGAAUAUGUAUGCAGAGCUAAAAACCCAGUGGGCCACGACACAAAGUUCAUGUACCUCGAAGUUCAGUACGCCCCGAAGCUGCAGGGCACGGUGACCGUCUACACCUGGGAGGGGAACCCCGUGAAUAUUACCUGCGAGGUCCUGGCCCACCCCCUUGCGCUGGUGACCUGGUUGCGAGAUGGCCAACGGUUGCCGAGCUCCAACUACAGCAGCUUAAAGGUCUACAGCACCCGAACCAUCAACUACCUUCAGGUCACACCAGACUCGGAAAACGACUUUGGUCCCUACAACUGCACAGCCAGCAACCUUGUCGGUAUGGAAUCCAAGGAGUUUAUUCUGGUGCAAGCUGAGACCCCAUCUGCCCCGGCUGUCCUGGACACCGCUCCCUACUCCUCCUCGGCUCAGAUUGAGGUUGGGGAACCCGAGUCCACUGGUGGGGUGCCAGUCCUGAAGUAUCUCGUUGAGUGGAGAGCGAAGGAUACUGAUGAGUGGCUGACGAAGAAUGCAGAUGCAAAGGAAGUUCUAGGUGCCGACAAUAUCAUCACCAUCGGUGGGCUGCUUCCUGAGACCACGUACAGUCUGCGGCUCUCCGCUGUCAAUGGCAAGGGGAUCGGUGACGCCAGCCAGGUCAUUAAGUUCAAGACACAGCCUAUUCAAGGAGAACCAAGCCCACCCAAACUUGAAGAACAUGCACUGGGAAACGGAAAUAUCUACAAAGUCAACUGGAUCAGGCAGGACGAUGGAGGUUCCCCCAUUCGACAUUACCUGAUCAAAUACAAAGCUAAACAUCAAGUUGACUGGAAGCCUGAGAUGAGAUUGCCAGCUGACAGCGAAUCCGUUAUUCUUAGAAACCUGGAGUGGAACUCGGAAUAUGAAGUCUACGUGGUGGCUGAGAAUAGACAGGGCAGGUCAGACCCAGGUUCCAUCUCCUUCCGAACCUCCGUGGAACCCACUGUCAUUCCAGAAGCUGAUUCAUCCAAUGACUCCAGCCUGGGAACAGGGGCCAUCGUGGGGAUUCUGAUCGUGGUGUUCCUCCUCCUGCUGGUGGCCGUGGAUGUGACCUGCUACUUCAUCAACAAGUGUGGUCUGCUCAUGUGCAUCGCCGUUAACUUCUGUGGGCAGCCGGGGCCAGGGUCCAAGGGCAAGGACAUCGAAGAGGGGAAAGCUGCUUUCUCGAAAGAUGAGUCGAAGGAGCCGAUUGUGGAGGUGCGGACUGAGGAGGAACGCACACCAAAUCAUGACGGGGGCAGCCAGACGGAACCGAAUGAAACCACUCCACUGACGGAGCCUGAGCAUGCAGCAGAUACCCAGGCCACUGUUGAGGACAUGUUGCCUUCUGUCACCACAGUAACCACUAACUCUGACACAAUCACUGAGACCUUUGCCACCGCUCAAAACAGUCCGACGAGUGAAACGACCACACUCACUUCCAGCGCUGCUCUCCCGGCCACGACCACGACCACCCCAGAGCCGUCACCCGCCGCUAACGCCGCGCCGCACACGCCCAAGGCCGCCGCCGCGUCGCCCGCCGUGCCCCAGGCGGACGGCGCCCCCAAAGUCGCCCCCCUCGUAGACCUCAGCGACGCUCCGGCCUCUUCCUCCGCACCUCCUCCUCCUGCUGCCAAGUCCUCCUCCUCCUCCGCCGCCGCUGCUCCGGUCUCGAACGCCGGCCCUGCACCGCCGCCCGCGGCCGGUAAAGCCAAAGAGGCUUUGCUAGCUCCGGCCAGCGGCGGCGGCGGCGGCGCCAAACCCGCCGCCGCCGCCGGUCCCAGCAACCCGGUUGCGGCGGCGCAGCAGCAGCAGUCACCCAAGCCGACCGCUCCCGCAGCGGCCAAGAGCCCCGAAGCUGCCGCUCCGAAGCCCAGCCCAGUGAAGAGCCCGGGGGAAGCAAAGAAUAACUCCGCCAGCGCGAAGAAGGAGGCUGCCACGGACGGCAGCAAAAAGCCCUCCAAGGGCGAGGACUUUCCAAAUGACGGAGGGACCUUCAAGACCUCAGACAUUGAUCUUGCAAAGGAUGUUUUUGCAGCUCUGGGCAAUUCUUCUCUUCCCACUAUGGGCGGCGGGAAGGUUCCUGACCUUGCUCCCUCUGCUACUGAUGCCGUUUCACCACCUGCUCCAGAGAAGGAAGAGAAGGUCCCCUUAGAGGAGAAGCCCAAACAAGAAGGGACAGAAGUAAAGACCGUUCCUAAUGAAGCCACACAAACAAAUGAGAAUGAAAGCAAAGCAUGAUCAACACAAAAGCAGAAACCACUCUCACUUCAGUGUCUCUUUUAUUAUUUUUGAACAUGUUUUCCUGUUUGUAGAUUUCAGCUCAGAAGAGGAUCAAUUGUGGCGCACUUGCUUUUUUGUAAAAUUCUUUCAUUAAAAGAGUUGACCAUGUGACUAAAAUUGGUAAAGAGAAUUACCUGGGUACUUUAGUUAUCAUUUUUCACUGCGCUUAGUAAGGAUUGUGAUUUGUAGAUAAUGUGUGAGUUCUUCAGUUAGUUAAACACUGAGAAACGCCUUCAGUUUAUUCCUAUGUUAUAGCGUCUGAAGUUAAACAAAUUUUCGGUACAUUCCUGUAGAAACAGCCACAACUGAUUUUUAUCCUCUUUUUUUUCAAAGUUAAGAAAACCGAUUAAAACACAGCUUUAUAAAUGACUGUUGCAAGGCUACAAAUGUGAUUGCUUCACUGUUCAUACAAGUACAUUACGUGCACAAAGCAUUGCUAUCUUAACCUAUGUUUAUAGUUUUUUUUUUAUUUUGCAAGUUUUGAUCCUGAGUUAGCUUUUGACUAAACAGAAGGUUUGUAAAUUUGCAUAUGUGAAGUAUAUUUCAAUUUGCAGUAUUCAAUUUUAUGAAAGGAAUAUUAAUUUUUUUGCCAACUUUUAUUUUCAGUGUUUAUUGGUACACACCACAAAACGAUAAUUGUUUAAUCCCUGACCUGUUCUAAUUGUGUCAGUGUAACAGGCUUUGCAACUGUUUAUUCCAAAGCCUGUUCAAAAUGACGAUAGUUUAGCUUGCUUUUGUCCACGAUAUUUUUAUUGAAUGGAAGUUUUGGCGAUAUCCUUCCUUGUUACACUUUUGUUAGGAAACACAUUGCUUAUCUGACCUGCUCUCAGAAAUUAAAGUCCUGAGUUGUACCGCCUGAUUUCAUAUCAUAUUAAGACCAGUUUACUCCAUUCAAAGUUAAUUGUUCCUGCUUGUUUCAGCUACAAAAGCCUCCAUUCAGCGGUGAAAGGCGUUCUGUAGCCCAUUUCCGUUUCUGAAGCAAUGUUUCAAUUUCUUAAAAAAAAACUGCAAGCUUGUGCACUGUGAAUGCGUGAAUAUUAUAGUGUGUUUUUUGUCAUUAGUAUUUCAAAGAGAAACUCAACAUAGCUUGGUUGUGAAAGGUGUAGCAAGUAGUUCUGAAGAUUGUGUGGGAUAAUGCCGUCACUGGGUGGGGAAAUGUAAAACAGAAAUAAGGUGAGGCAAAAAUCUGUUUGGGCAUGAAUUCCAUGUGUUAUAACUUUUAUUGCCUGUAAUGUUUUUUAAAAAAAUGGUUAGACUGGGAACAUUCCCCAUUAGCACAAUCGAAUGGGGGUAUUAAUCUUUCAUGUCCUUUUAAUUUGUGUGCAGUCUCAGUCCAGUAAUGAUCGCAUUGCUAAUUUGUAAGUUCAAACUGUGAAAAUACUGGUCUUGUCAUUUGCUUCGAGUGUUUGCUUAUGUUCAACUGUAGGGGUGACAUUGGGGGCAGCUUCCUCAACCACACUUUCCAUCCCCAAGGCUUGGCCUGUGCGCAGAGGAGACAAGGAUCCGGCAGAUUAGUUUCCGACUUAAUUUACUGCUCCAGCAACACAGCAAAAAAGGAAAUGCCAUCUGAUUGCAAUGCUGCCUUAAAUCAAGUCCUCUCCACCCCCCUCCCCAAUAUAGUUAUCUAGUGACAUCCCAAUUGUCACUCGAUGUAGUAUUCGUGCUGGGAUUGUCAUGGGACCAAGUUUACACAGAUCAUUGCAUGUGUGCAACGACCCCCCCCCCUAGCAAAAGGAAUAAAUGUUUGUUGUCUUGGUUUGCAAAUGCAUCUUCGGUGAACAGGUAGAACUAGGUGUUGUAAUCAAGGAGGACUAUUUAUCUCCUGCGUUGCACCUGGUGAAAAAUAAGAAGUGCUUUUAAAAAUAACAUGUUUAUCGCUGUGCUGCGGUUAGCCGGUAGUGAACACUACCCCCCAUCCCCCCUCCAUCGAUCCCCACUAGGAUCGGAGGGAUAUCGGCUGAGGGCUUCCAAUUACGAUCUCGCCGGAGGCUCCCCUCCCCAGUUACAACAGUGGGCAAACACGGCAGCUCCCAAGUAGACGCGGAGAAAGUAAUGCAGCCCUCGUGCCUUGAGCAGAUAGCAACACAGACUUUCACCCUUUCAGUCGUAAUCUCAAAGCCUGUGCUUCUUCCCCGGAUCAUAGACAGAGCCUCCACUGUCACCCCUAACCAGAAUACCCUGCACUUAGAGCCUUCUCUCCUGUUGCAGAACUUUUUAUUGAGUGCGGAUAAAACCACCUUUCCACUAUCAAUGGUGUAAAUACUGACUACUAACCAAGAAUUUUUGACUUUGCAUUAUGUCAGAUACUUGUGUUCAAUAAAAACUACAAAAUAUGA